GGUUUUACCUCCAUGUCAAAUCUCUCCUUCAAAUCGCGAAAGGGAACGAAUGAACUGAUGUUUGUGAUAUGACCGAUUGCGGGGUGGGAAGUGGGCUGAGAUGGGACCAAGGAUCCCUUUGCGCAAUAUUUAUGUUGCUCGGGAUUCCCAUUUCUUUGAUCGCAUAGCACAAUACUUACUUAUUUACUGAGCGCAGACUCUCAUAUUCAAAGGAGCAUAAUCGCAAGAAUAAAUUCAAGAUUUAUCACAAUGGCCGAGCCCGAAGUUAGUCACGGUCGCGGAGGCGCUGGAAACAUUGGAGCCGAUUCCACUCAAUAUGUUGAUGGCGAAAUUGUCCGUCAAGGACCAGCAGGAGAUCACGGCGACGGAGCAUUUAGCGUCGGUCGUGGCGGGGCUGCAAACAUCGGUUCACCUGGCCUCCCAGCUACCAAACGGAGCGAUAUGGAUAGCAUUCCAGAUGCUGCAUUGAGGCCUAGCACCGAUGGCGAGGUUGUGCAUUUUGGACGAGGUGGAGAGGGCAAUGUGGUUAAUACGACCAAGCCAGGUACACAGCAUCCGGUGGGAUUGGCUGAUAAGUUGAAGAAUAAGCUGUUCAAGAAGAAGACGCAUGCUACUGAGAAAUGAGCGGUUGAAGGAGAGGGUAUUCCCUGAGAUUGGCAGAAUAGGUCUUGGCCCAUCUUGACCUGCGAUUUUCAGGAUUCUUCGCCGGUUAGAUUUGAGGGGACUUCAUUAAUAAUUUUCGAAGUUGGGGAGAGGAGUUUUGACAUUCUUCUGGGAGGAUAAAAUGAUACCCGAGUGAUGAUUGACUUGUGGGAUUGGAUUGAGUUUUUCGAUUUGGUUUUUUCGAAAUUUGAUGUUUUUAAGAAAGAAAGUGUGCCAAUGAUAUGUUUUGGCUUGCAAUACGUAUCUAAGGAACCAUGAAGCAAACUGGUGAAUCGUUCGCACCGUCAAUAAGUGACUCAACUAGCUAGGGAAGUAUCUGAUAUUGACAACAUCCAUCUUACAUAGUAGAUAGUUGAUCGUUGUGAGAAAAGUUUCUGGUGAUCCACGAAUAUGGUCUUGGUAGCUCUGGUGUGAGAUAGACACAUAAGGGGGUCGAUAAUGUUUCAAAAGCUACGAGUAUCGUUGCUCUGUUUACGUCGAGCCCCCUCUGAAUUAUUGAACGCCCA